AUGAAUUUGGUGAACGAAACAGUUUCAGAGAUGAACUGGAAAUAUAACGUUUUAGAGGGAACAUUUGCCUUUAUGAACUCGCCAGUGGCACCACCGGUGGUGCUUACUCCACAGAAAUCGCUUUUUCCGUGGAUUUCCGACGGACAUUUGGCGUUGUUAUGUCCCGUGGUGGCUUAUUGGACUCUUUCCAUGAUAUUUCACGCGCUAGACACGUUUAAGCUGGCCGAACAGUACCGGAUCCAUCCUUCGAAAGAAGUUGCUUCAAGAAACAAAGCAAGUCGGCUUGAAGUUCUGCGGGAAGUGAUCUUUCAGCAUUUCUUACAAACAGUGACAGGCAUAGUGUUCGUGUAUUACGACAAAGUUCCGAUGACCGGGUUCGAGGCCAAAGCCAUGUGGGAUUGGAGACGGACAUUGCCCAGUUUUGUACCCAACGAUCUCAUUUAUUUCGGCUACAUGUACGGAUUUCCACUUUUCAAGGUGAUAAUCGGAUUUGGCAUCAUUGACUCAUGGCAAUAUUGGCUUCACAGACUAAUGCAUGUCAACAAGACUUUGUACAAGCUGUACCAUUCUAGACACCACAGGUUGUACGUUCCAUACGCGUACGGCGCGUUGUACAAUGCCCCUACUGAGGGCUUUCUGUUAGACACCUGUGGUACAGGCCUUGCGGCUCUUUUGACCGGUAUCACGCCAAGAGAACAAAUCUUGUUAUUCACUUUUGCUACGAUGAAAACGGUAGAUGACCACUGUGGCUAUGCUUUGCCCUGGGACCCCUUCCAAUGGUUGUUCCCAAACAACGCGGUGUAUCACGAUAUUCAUCACCAGCAAUUCGGAAUCAAGACCAACUUUGCGCAACCAUUCUUCACCUUUUGGGACAGUUUCUGUAAUACCAAAUAUGAGGGUCUGGCCGAAUACGAACACGCUCAAAGGAGGAUAACGAUUGACAGAUACAAGAAAUUUCUCGGUGAGAGAGAAAACGAAAAAGCAGAAAGAAUCAAGAAAGGUUUUAACGUCAAGAAAGACGAGUGA